GUUCAUUAUGUUUCAUAGAGGAGGGGAUGGUAAACCAAAGGGGUUUGGUUUUUCUGGUUUUUCAAUUUCUAAGAAAGAAGAGCAAGCUCCUAGUCAGUCUGGUUUAGGAGGAAUGCCAAGUGGUGGAUCCAGCAUUAUGCCGGGUAGAUCAUUUGGGUACCACACAAACAUUGGCAAGAAGAGAGCACGGAAUGAAGAUGAGUACUUUGAACAAGAUGAUGAUGAAGAUAAUAUGGCAUAUCAGCCUGCCCCUGGGAGUCCCGGGGAGGAGAAAAAUGAAGACAGUGAUGAAGAAGACCCCCUAGAUGCUUUUAUGGCAGAUAUUGAGACAGAAGUCAGGUCACAACAACCAAAAGAAACAUCAAAGGAGAAAGUUAAAGAGAAGAAAAAAGACAAAGGAGUCCGGGAUGACAUUGAUCAAGAGGAUGACCAGGAGUCUUUUUUCCGUUAUAUGGAGGAGAAUCCAUUGGCUGGCGUUGUUUUUGAUGAUGAUGACACAAUUAUAGAAUAUGAUGCAGAGGGGAAUCCCAUCAUCCCAGAGAAAAAUAAAAUUAUUGAUCCAUUACCACCAGUUGAUCACAGUGAGAUAGAUUAUGGACCAUUCGAGAAAAACUUUUAUGUUGAGCAUGAAGAGAUUAUCAAACUACAACCAAAUGAAGUAGAUGAACUGCGGAAAAAAUUGAGCAUAAGGGUAUCUGGUUUUAAUCCUCCCAAACCUGUGUCAAGUUUUGCUCACUUUGGUUUUGAUGAAAAUUUGAUGAGUGCAAUUAGAAAAUCAGAAUUCUCUAAGCCUACCCCCAUUCAGGCACAGGGUAUUCCAAUAGCUUUGAAUGGGCGUGACAUUAUAGGAAUAGCCAAGACUGGCAGUGGUAAAACAGCAGCCUUUCUGUGGCCAUUACUGGUCCACAUCAUGGAUCAACGGGAGCUAGAAGAAGGGGAGGGACCUAUUGGAUUAAUUCUGGCACCAACCAGAGAACUGUCUCAACAGAUUUAUCAUGAAGCUAAGAAGUUUGGUAAAGUAUACAACAUCAAUGUUGUGUGUGCCUAUGGAGGUGGUAGUAUGUGGGAACAGACGAAAGCUUGUCAAGACGGUGCCGAGAUCAUUGUGGCAACACCAGGCCGACUGAUUGAUUUAGUAAAGAAGAAGGCCACUAACUUAGAGAGGGUGACAUAUCUCGUAUUUGAUGAGGCAGACAGAAUGUUUGACAUGGGAUUUGAGCCCCAGGUGCGGUCUAUAGCUAAUCAUGUCCGUCCAGAUAGGCAAACAAUGUUGUUUAGUGCAACAUUCAGGAAGAAAGUUGAGAAACUUGCACGAGACAUUCUACUGGAUCCCAUCCGUGUUGUACAGGGUGAAGCAGGGGAGGCUAAUGAAGACAUUACACAGAUAGUAGAAGUCCUGCCACUCGGUCCCGCUAAGUGGACUUGGCUGAUCAAAAGACUUGUAGAAUUUACAACAAUGGGCAGUGUGUUAAUUUUUGUUACCAGGAAGGCAAAUGCUGAAGAAUUAGCAACAAACCUUAGGGCACGGGACAUGAAACUCGGUCUUUUACAUGGUGACAUGAGCCAGAUGGAGAGAAAUGAGGUCAUCACGACAUUUAAAAAGAAAGAAGUACCAAUAUUAGUAGCCACAGAUGUAGCAGCCCGUGGUCUUGAUAUUCCUUCCAUUAAGACUGUCAUUAAUUAUGAUGUGGCCAGAGACAUAGACACACAUACACACAGGAUUGGACGAACAGGCAGAGCAGGAGAGAAGGGUUUCGCUUACACCUUGGUGACAGACAAAGACAGGGACUUUGCCGGACAUCUUGUUCGUAACCUGGAAACAGCUGGACAACACGUCCCACAUAAUCUGCUAGAGAUAGCUGAAAAGAAUCCAUGGUUCAAGAAAAUCAGAGGCAAACAGGGCGGUAAAGGAAAGAAAUUAAAUCUUGGGGGUAAAGGCCUCGGGUUCAAGGAAAGGCCAGGAUUGGGGGCAGAAAGUAGUACCAGAGUACAAGAUUCCACCAGUCUUGGGAGUUUCCGAGGAAUUGGGUCUUCAGCGGGACCUCAGAGUGACCGAUUGGCAGCAAUGAAAGCUGCAUUUUCUGCUCAAUUUAAAUCCAAUUUUGUGGCAGCGGAGUCCACAAGUAUGCCGAAAGUGGAACCAGGAAUAUACAACCCCAUCAACAGUAGCAGUAAUCGCAAGAAAAAGAGUCGGUGGAAUUAGGUCAUUUCAAAAACCAAGAAGAGGGUCAUCUGGAAUGUGGAUGAAAGUAGUUCAUUCCCUGUUCAUAUGAUGUAAACUGAAUAGACUCGGUUUUCACCUCCAGUGAAACAAUAUGUAUUUCAUCUGAUCCUGGAACAACAGUAUCUGUUCAAAAAUGUGAAUGGCAGUAAAAUCUAAUUAUUUUUUAAAUGAAUGGUUAACAUAUAUUGAAUGUGGACUGGUAAUUUUUACUGUGGUUUGGUUACACCAUGCCUUGUUAUUGGACUUGAAGAAAAUGUCUGAACUGAAAAUUUUUGAUUUUCUGAUAUAGAAUUAUCUUUUUACGAACACUGUUUAACACAUAAGUGGCGGGAGAGAGAUUUCUUCACAGUUAUGUAUACACCGUUUGAGUUGGUUUGAAUUAAUGUUGAACCUGUUAGUUUUGCUUGAAAUGUGAAUUUUUAAAUUUUACAAAGUGGAGAUAUCAUCUCCUAGCAUUAACACAUUGAUCAAAAGUUGAAGCCAUUAAUUGUAAUCAAAUUGAGCUUUCAUGAAGUACAGUAUAUUUGUAUUUAUUCAGAAUUAAAUUUUUAACAUUUUGUUAUGUCAAGGAAAAAAAAUCCAAAUUGUGCUUGGGUCCUUAUUUUUCAAGGAAAUCCAAUCUGCAUUUUUUUUUUCCAAAUCUUGAAAUGUGCCGAGGAGUGGAGAACACUAUAAACUUUCUUAUAAUUUCAAGUAAAUGUGUGUUAGCAAAUUCUCUAGUUACUUUUGUUUAUUUAGUAUUCAUCCAGUGUCCAUAGUACAAAUUUUUUGAAUGCUUUUCUCUUUGAUGUUUGUACACCUUAAGAUCUGACAAAACUUAAAAUAUCCUCAGAAAUUUAAUUAACAGGAAAGUAAUGGUGUUCUUAGUGAUCACAUGGUUAAUAAAUUGAAAAUUGACAUUUUUUAUUUUCACAAAAUUUUUAAUUUUUAGAUGGAAUCACUUAUUUACUGUCAGAUGAAGUCUUACUUCAUAAGUAUUGAAAUCAUACAAAAAUCUACAACAGUUAUGAAGUUUAUAAAAUCAUGAAUUUGACUGCAUCUUUUAGUACUGAUUCAGCACUUUGCUGGUACACUAAAGACAAUUUUUUUUAAACAAAAUUUUGAACUUAUAAGUCCUUACUACAGGAGAAACAGUAAGUACUAAUUCCUUUUCAAAUCUUUCACUAAUUUGAAAAUGAAUUGGAACUCUUUUGUAUUAAGUCUCAGUAUCCUUUUUCACAAAAAUUCUUACAACUAAUAUUAAAAUUUGACAAGUCUGAAAUUGCUUUCUAAUAAAGACAAUUAUUAUUUCUGAAGAAUAAUUCACAGAAUAUUGUAAUGUAAUAGAAAUAUAAGAUUUUUUGUAAUCUUCAACAAUUAAGGAACGUAUAGAAGAAUUGGAAAAUUUUAAUCUUUAAUAGUCGUAAGAUUUUUUGUGAAAGGGGCUACUGGAUUUGAUAUACCCGGUACAUGUAAUAAACCCAACUUUUUGCAAAUUUGAUUUAAAAAUAAAGUUUAAAAAUUACUACAUGAUAUAUUUUGGUUUUAUUUCAGCAGUAAUUUUUUGUAUCUUUUUUGGAUAUGAGAGUCACUGAAUAAAUAUAUUCGAGAACUAGUUUCUUUUGCAAAAAAAAUUUUUGAUUUAUUGAAAUUCAAAUUUUGGCAACCAUAUUUUAAUGAACUAGGUGUGAGUGAGAGAUUAUUUUAUUAGAUGAUAUGCAGCUUAUUAAUGAAGGAAGUUUAUUUGAGAGAAAUGCAUUUCAAUCUUUCAAAUAAAUGCAGUAUUAUAAAACAUAAA